AUGGCGGCUGUGGCGCAGAGUCAUGUCCAAGAUGACGUACAUCCACUUUUGAGGCAUCCACGGCCGAUUAAGAGGGAUUCUGCAAAAGCGCAACACAUGCUUGGCUUGAUCGCGGACUCUGAAGAAGCUUUACGAAAUUUACAACGGGAGAAGUCCGUAACAACGCGAUGGCUAGAACGACCGAUGUACGAGCAUUUGGAGGUCUCCGAUGUCGAACAAGAAAGGGACCAGCACCCCGAGGUGACAAAAGAGCAGAAGAGAGAGGCCGAAGAGAAGAAGCCACCGAUCGUUGAGGAGAAGCCGGAGGUCAUCGAAGAGGAACCAAAGGAAGAUAGUGACUCUGAUCUGUUGGACAAAUGGACGAACCCGGAUCGUCCGACUUCAUCUUUCAAUCCCGAAACAACAUUGAGGAAGCUCCCGGAAAGAACGCCAAACACCAAACUCGACACAUCCUUUGUCAAGCGACGACCACUACCACUCACACGACCGGUAUCAUAUAACCCGCAACACCUGCUAUCGCCCGAAUGGAUUGCUUCGCCGUCCACGAUGAGCCCCAACACACCGGGCCAACGCCCUAUGUCGUCGUCUCUUGAUAGUCCGGAGAAGCCAAGGAGUAGCAUCUCUUCACGGGGCAGUUGCGAAUGUGAGAGGCCACAAGUACACCCUUCGCAGUGGACAUAUCCUCCGAUGAACGACGCGAAGGUCUCACAAACGCAACGUCCCAUCUCAUACCAUCCUCAGAGUUUCACUGCGUUGGACAGUCCACCAAUGCAGUCACGGCCACGGCCUACGUCCUUCGCAACCUACCACCAACGAAAUCGCUCGGGCGCUAAGAUUGCCUCCUCGCGAGGGCUACGAAAUAACAGCUAUCCAAUGAACUCCUCCCGGCUAACGUCAGGGAGUGUACCCAAAGCUGUCUUAGGAGAGAAUAUUGAAAACGAUAUGGUUUAUCAGCAAUAUGGAGACGACGAAGUCGGCCCACCUACCCCUGUGACAUCUUCGAAACUUGCGUUUUCCCCACCACCAGUGUUUUCGGCCACACCAGCAACGCCCAUACAAUCCACGUUGGAUGCUUUCGAGGCCAUCGAAGAGAAAAGUAAGCCCGAAAAGAAGACCAAGCACAGAUGGUCGACAAUACCUCAGGCCUUGAAAAACUUUGGGGCCAGAAGAAGAGACUCAUCGGCCACACACGAGCAACCGAAGUUUACAACCGUAGUCGAAGACCUACGGAGAAUGAACCUGACGCAAGAAAACCUGCACGUCUACGAAGCCGAAGUCAGUCAAGAUUCAGCAGCAGCCAAACGCCUAUCAACCGUCGAUCUCAUCCCAACACCGACCUACUCUCCCUUGGACAUGAGCGUCAAAUCUGCCCAACUCGAAGCACCCCUUCCAGCGCCCUUCGCCCCCUGGGCCGGCGGCCCCCCAAGUCCUGCCGCCUCCGCAGACCGACGCCGCAGCAGCGGAAACUCGUUAUCGCCAACCACGAUGCUCUCCCGGCUAUCCGUCGAAAACGUCCCACAAUAUAAUCGCCUUACCCUCUCCGAAUAUGAGCUGCACAGCCCAACAGCAAUAUCAGCGCCCUACCUUCGACAUCUCCGGGAGUCCUCGAGCGGGAACACCUAG